AUAUUACUUUUCUAUUACACUUUAUAAUACAAAAAGGAAUACAUUAAAAUAAAAUAUGUCGAAAGCCAUCGGAAUUGAUUUAGGUACAACUUACUCUUGUGUUGCACAUUUUGCAAAUGACAGAGUUGAAAUUAUUGCAAAUGACCAAGGUAACAGAACUACCCCUUCUUAUGUUGCUUUUACUGAUACCGAAAGACUCAUUGGUGAUGCUGCAAAGAACCAAGCUGCUAUGAACCCUCAUAACACUGUCUUUGACGCAAAGCGUUUGAUCGGUAGAAAGUUUAAUGAUGCUGAAGUUCAAGAGGACAUCAAACAUUUCCCAUUCAAGAUUAUUGAUAAGGGUGGCAAACCAGUUAUCCAAGUUGAAUUCAAGGGAGAAACUAAGGUAUUCACACCUGAAGAAAUCUCCUCUAUGGUCUUAACCAAGAUGAAGGAGACUGCUGAAGAGUUUUUGGGGGUUCCAGUUAAUGACGCUGUUGUUACUGUUCCUGCUUAUUUCAACGAUUCUCAAAGACAAGCUACUAAAGAUGCUGGUUUGAUUGCUGGUUUGAAUGUUUUGCGUAUUAUUAACGAACCAACUGCUGCUGCAAUUGCCUAUGGUUUGGACAAAAAGGGAACCUCUGGAGGUGAAAAGAAUGUUUUGAUCUUUGACUUGGGUGGUGGUACUUUCGAUGUUUCAUUGUUAGCUAUUGAUGAUGGAAUUUUUGAAGUUAAGGCUACUGCCGGUGACACUCAUUUGGGUGGUGAAGAUUUCGACCACAGAUUGGUUAAUCAUUUCAUUACUGAAUUCAAGAGAAAGCACAAGAAGGAUUUGUCUACCAAUCAAAGAGCUUUAAGAAGAUUAAGAACAGCAUGUGAACGUGCUAAGAGAACCCUUUCUUCUUCUGCUCAAACUUCUAUCGAAAUCGACUCUUUGUUCGAAGGUAUUGAUUUCUACACUUCAAUCACUAGAGCAAGAUUCGAAGAACUUUGUGCUGAUUUGUUCAGAUCUACUGUCGAUCCAGUUGAAAAGGUUUUGAAGGAUGCUAAGAUGGAUAAGUCUCAAGUUGAUGAAAUUGUUCUUGUUGGUGGUUCUACUAGAAUUCCAAAGGUCCAAAAAUUAGUGUCUGACUUUUUCAAUGGUAAGGAACCAAACAAGUCCAUUAACCCAGAUGAAGCCGUUGCCUAUGGUGCUGCUGUUCAAGCUGCCAUCUUGACUGGUGACACUUCUUCUAAGACUCAAGACUUGUUGUUAUUGGAUGUUGCGCCAUUGUCUCUUGGUAUUGAAACUGCUGGUGGUGUUAUGACCAAAUUGAUUCCAAGAAAUGCCACUAUUCCAACAAAGAAAUCUGAAACCUUCUCUACUUAUGCUGACAACCAACCAGGUGUUUUGAUUCAAGUGUUUGAAGGUGAAAGAGCCAGAACAAAGGACAACAACUUGCUUGGUAAGUUUGAAUUGUCCGGUAUUCCACCAGCUCCAAGAGGUGUUCCUCAAGUUGAGGUCACUUUUGACAUCGAUGCAAACGGUAUCUUGAAUGUUUCUGCCUUGGAGAAGGGUACUGGUAAGACUCAAAAGAUUACCAUUACCAACGACAAGGGUAGAUUAUCUAAGGAAGAUAUCGAAAGAAUGGUCAAUGAAGCUGAGAAGUACAAGGAAGAAGAUGAAAAGGAGGCUGCCAGAAUACAAGCAAAGAACUCUUUGGAAUCAUACACUUACUCUUUGAAGAAUUCCAUCAAUGACGGUGAAAUGAAGGAUAAGAUUGGUGCAGAUGAUAAGGAGAAGUUGACUAAGGCAAUCGAUGAAACUGUUGCCUGGUUGGAUGACUCUCAAGCUGCCACUACUGAAGAGUACGCUGACAGACACAAGGAGUUAGAAUCUAUUGCUAACCCUAUAAUUUCUGGUGCUUAUCAAUCCGCUGGUGGUGCUCCAGGUGGUGCUCCAGGUGGUUUCCCAGGUGGUGCCCCUCCUCCAGCUGCUGAUGAAUCUGGUCCAACUGUUGAAGAAGUUGAUUAGGUUAAAAAGUUUGACUAAAGGUUCAAUCUUCAUUUCAUGGUACGUGGUUUAUUAGGUUCUUGUUUAUAUAUUAUAGGUUUUAAAUGAAUGUUUCAUAUAAUUAAAAUAAAA